AUGGCUCCAUUACGCGCUACUCUCGACUACUAUGACUACAUGGGCAUCGCACAAGAUGCAGAUGACAAUCAGAUCAAAGCUGCAUAUAGACAGCUAGCAAAACUGUAUCAUCCGGACAGAAAUCGUGGCAACGAUGAGGCCAAGGCAAAGUUUCAGACGCUCCAAGAAGCAUACUCUAUACUUAUCGACAUCGAAAAGCGCAGACAGUACAACCAAAUCUACCCUUCCAUCCGUACCAAAUAUGCCACCCCGAAGGCCUCUGCCAAUGACAGAGGCACAGCCCAGUGGGACAGCACCACAACGAAACCAGCGCAAGACAACGACGCGUCCUUGCGAGUAUUCCAGGAACAGCUUAGCACAAUCGACAGAGAGCUGCAAGCCCUCUACCAGAGUCUUAACCGGACAAAAGGCACUUUGAAAGAGAGUCAGGGGUCCUUAGACGAGGUCUUAGCUGCUCUACAAAAGCUGGACUUGGAAGACAGAGAAGACGAGGCCGCAGAAGUCUUAAGUAAUGGUUGGUACAGCUACCUUUUUGGGGGACAAAAGUCGUCCGCUCAAGAAGAGGAAAGAAAAAACAAUAGAGCUAGGCGCCAGACGGAACGGCGGGUUGGGCGCCUCGUGCAUGAAUCUAAACGCUCAAGAUGCAGGGACAAUGUCAAAGGCCUACAGGGAACCUUGGCAGAGCUGGAAAUUAAGGUCGAAUUGAAGGAGGCACAACGGAAAUUCGUUUUGCGAAAACGCGAAGAUGCUAAGCGUGCUGCUGAAUGGGCUCGCGUAUACGCAGAACAACAGGCCGCACGGCAGAAAAAGCAAGAAGAAGCACAGAGAGCUCAGGAGGAGGAAAAAAAGGCCCAGGAGUGGUCCAGAAAACAUCAAGAGGAGUCCAGAAGGUUUGAAGAAGAGAUCAGGAAAUCCCAAGAGGACGCCUGGAAAGCACGAGCGGACGAGUUCAGGAAGCGCAGAGAGCGAGACGAGAAAGCUCGUAAGGAAAAAGACGAGAAUGAUCGCAGAGAGAGAGAAGAGAGGGUUCGCAAAGAAAACGCCGAGAAAGCUCGCAAAGAAAGAAUUGAAAAGGCCCGAAAAGAAAGCGAGGAGAGAGCUCGCAGGGAGAGAGAGGAGAGGCUACGCAAAGAAAGAAUUGAAAAGGCUCAAAAAGAAAGCCAGGGGAAAGCUCGCAGGGAGAGAGAGGAGACAGAUCGCAGAGAGGCUGCAAUCUUAAAUUCUGACCAGUGGUUGAAAAAGACCCGCGAAGCGAAGAAAGCACAGGAGGCUGAAGCAGCCCGACGAUGGGAGACAGACGUCCUGAAGGAGACCCGGAAGACAAAUGGGAAGGGCAAGACCCCACACAGAGCGGCCGCUUGUUCGCAUAAGACGUGGUGGAUCAAGGUGGAUGGUGGACACUUGUGCAAGCAUUGCGAAGAGCUCACCUUUCGGUUCGCAUACAAGUGUCCUGACUGUCUGACAAUGGCCUGUGCAGGUUGCAUGCGCAGCUUGAAGGCUUAG